GGAGAAAUAAAAUUCACGGCAAGAAACUCAAAUAAGAGAAAAAGAUGGGGGCAUUUCUCAAACUCAAAGCACCUGUUCCGCGUUAUCUGCCUCUCUUCUUCCACGUCAAAGCGGCAACGCCUGGUUGGUUAUUGCAAUUUUAUCCAUUUUAUUUUCAUCUCUUGUUGAUUAACGAGUACACCAACUCUCCACCAGUGUUUUCUUGACUUAGAGAUAGUACCUGGGAAGCAUCUUUCUUGCAAGUGUGUAUUGUCACUGUAAAUGGAGAGGCAGCGAAGUUUCUCUGUUAAAACCAGUACUUUUUUGGUGUUUUCUUUGGCAAUCUGUUCUUCUGUGAUCUUUCUCGUCGUCUUCUCCAUCUGGGUCGUCAAGGCCAUCCCUGCGGUUCACCAAGAAACGCAUUUUCAGGUCAGAAAUCCGGCUCUUGGUCUGGCUGUCAAACCCUUAACUGUUCAUUCCUCUACCGCUUUUAGUACAGAUAAUCUUUCAACUAGUGGAGUUAGUAAUUCGGUUCUGGUUGGAACCCAAUUUCGGAUACCAAGAAACAGAUCCGGCUUUGCUAAUUUUUCAAGAAAUGAGGUUUCGGGGGAUGAAAAAGAUGAAGACCAUGUUGUAAAUAGGGAUUUGGCAGAUGAUGGAGAUGAUACAUUAAGUAGGAAUACUUCUGGGUUUUCCGAAGAUUCAAUUUUUAUGAGGCUUCAUAAGAUGGAAAAUGAGUCCAAGGUGUUAGUAGAGGGAAUGCCCAUGGGUGAUGCUGUGAAAGGUAAUGUGACCACUGGGCAACAGAAUGUUUCCUAUACUUCAUCUGAGAAAGACGAGGUUUCAAAUGGUGAGGGGAUUAAACAAAAGAACGGUAGCUUUUGUGAUGUCACGAAAGGGAGGUGGGUAUUGGAUGGGAAGCUACCUCUGUAUACAAAUGGUUCGUGUCCCUUUAUAGAUGAAGGAUUUAAUUGUGAAGGAAAUGGGAGAUUGAAUAAAGGGUACAUGAAGUGGAGGUGGCAGCCGCAAGAUUGUGAAAUUCCGAGGUUCAAUGCAACCAAAAUGCUCGAACUGAUCAGAGGGAAGAGGCUAGUUUUUGUGGGUGAUUCAAUUAACAGGAAUCAGUGGGAGUCCAUGUUAUGUUUGUUGAUGGGAGCCAUUAAAGAUCCUAGGAGGGUGUACGAGGCUCGGGGCCGGAGGGUCACCAAGGAGAAAGGAGAUUACAGCUUCAAGUUUGUGGAUUAUAAGUGUACAGUUGAGUACUAUGUAACCCAUUUCUUGGUUCAUGAGAGCAAGGCAAGGGUUGGCAAAAAGAGGGUGCAGACUUUGAGGAUAGAUACUAUGGACAGGGGCUCAUCAAGGUGGAAAAGAGCUGAUAUUCUGGUCUUCAAUUCUGCACAUUGGUGGAACCAUUUCAAAACAAAAGCUGGGACCAACUAUUACCAGGAAGGAGAUCAAGUUCAUCCUCGUCUUGAUGUUUUGACUGCCUUUAGGAGGUCUAUAAUAACUUGGGCAUCAUGGGUAGAUAAACAUAUAAAUCCAAGCAAAACCCGAGUUUUCUUUCGAAGUUCUGCACCUUCCCAUUUCAGGGGAGGUCAAUGGAAUUCUGGCGGCCAUUGCAGAGAAGCUAUUCAACCACUUAAUGAAACUUCAGGCUUCAUUUACCCAGAAAAGAAUCGCAUUGUGGAGGAUGUCAUAAGGCGGAUGAGAACUCCGGUGACAUUCUUGAAUGUGACUGGUCUUUCAGAAUACCGAACGGAUGGCCAUCCAUCUGUUUAUGGAAGAAAGUCUGGAAAGAUCUACUCUUCAAGUGCGGAGGAUUGUAGCCAUUGGUGCCUUCCCGGCGUUCCGGAUACCUGGAAUGAGUUGUUGUAUUCCCAUUUGCAACUAACAUGGAAGAGAGAUUUGUAGAGUGAGAUGGCUUGGUCUGUCCAAGCACCUUGUAAAUGGUCACAUUUGGAUUCAAUUCUUUUCAAAGUGGAGGAGUUCAUUUUGCUUUGUUAAUUGUAGAGGGGCUUUAUAAUACACGUAAUCAUCUCAACACAAGAAGCUUCUCGUCAUUCAAAGAAAUAAUAAUCAUCUCAACACAAGAAGCUUCUCAUCAUUCAAAGA